UCUUCUCUCCAGUCCCUGCCCGCCUAGCCAGGGCCCCCACACUGCCUGUGAAUGAGCCACCGGACCUCCUCCUCCUUCCGAGCGGAGCGAAGCUUCCAUUCCUCCUCCUCUUCCUCCUCUUCCUCGUCCUCUUCAGCCUCCAGAGCCCUCCCAGCCCAGGACCCACCCAUGGAGAAGGCUUUAAGCUUGUUCUCCGAGGACUUCGGCAGUUUCAUACGGCCCCACUCGGAGCCCUUGGCCUUCCCAGCCCGUCCUGGGGGGCCGGGCAACAUCAAGACCCUGGGAGACGCCUAUGAGUUUGCAGUGGACGUGAGAGACUUCUCUCCCGAGGACAUCAUCGUCACCACCUCCAAUAACCACAUUGAGGUGCGGGCCGAGAAGCUGGCGGCUGAUGGCACAGUCAUGAACACCUUCGCUCACAAGUGCCAGUUGCCGGAGGAUGUGGACCCCACCUCGGUGACCUCAGCCCUGCGGGAGGACGGGAGCCUCACCAUCCGGGCCCGGCGGCACCCCCACACCGAGCACGUCCAGCAGGUCUUCCGGACAGAGAUCAAAAUCUGAGGGCCUCCCCUGCCCUGCCCUCCCUCCACCCCGCCUCCUCCACAACUGGACUGCCAGCCACAGCUCCCGAACCCCUACACGACGGCCCCCCAGGACAUCUCAGCUCAGGCUCCAGCCCCUUACACCCCAGGCCCCAGGUGGGCCUGUCCCCCCCCCCAACUAGCACAGCCUAUGGAUCCCCUUGGCUCCCU